AUGUCUCCCCUUCUCUCGUCAACUGUGACUGCGAGCGCGAGGCCACGCUUGCCGCCUCUCCCCUCUCGAGGCGUGAGCGGAGCCUCUCCAGGGCCGUCUUCUCCGGCAGUCGAGUUUUCGAGUGAGCCUGAACUCGCGUCCCAACCGAGGUCUUUUCCGCCACCUUCCUCUUCCAUAUACUCUUCCACGGCCUCUGCGCGGAGCGCGGUGAAGCCUCCCACUCCCAGUUUCCCAGCUUCGGGGGCGACGCGCCCCGCUCCGUCUUGCCCUAGCGAGGCAGCGUCUCCCUCCGUUCGGAACUCGCCAGAUGCGGGAACCGUCCCGCUCACGAACGGCGUCAGGCCGCCCAGCCAAACGCGUGUGGGGCGCGACCCUACGCGAAGGCCCGAGGAGAGAAACGGCGAAGGCCCGGGGCCGCGCGUGCCGCCCCUGCAGCUCCAGACGCGCGUGUCGUCCGUGCCGCCUCCCUCUGCGGCGGUUCGGCUCAACGCGAAACUGCAGGAACAGUCCGGCGAAAACGGAGCCUACGUUGCGGCCGCAGCGUGGAUGCGCGCAACAGAGGCCGCCCGCCUGCUUCUGGGGGAGCCCAAGGGCGGGGGGAAUUCGGGGAUCCCGACGCCCGCCGCCGCUGACGGGCGAGGGGCUGCUCUGGCCGCUGGCAGCCCCAAGGCGCACGCCUUCGCUCGCGCGGGAAAGCGGUUGAGUGGGACUCCGCUGAGCGAUUUGGACGGGGCGGCUGCGGCGGGGAACGAAAUCAAGAGGCUCCAGGCGGAGGUCGAGGAGCUGAGGGGACAGCUCGCGGAGCAGGAGCGGCGAGCCGCGGAGCAAGUGCGUGAGCUGGAGAAAAGGGAGCGGGACUUGUGCGGGCGAGUGCAGGAACUGGAACAGAGGCUGGCUCAGACGCAGCCGAAUGGCUUCAGCGAAGCGUUCGACACCCAGGAGCUCCAGCAGCUCCAGCACGAACACCGCAAACUUCAGCAGCGCGAACAGGACUUGCUAGAGAAGGAGAGAGAGUUGCAAAGACAGCUGGAACAGCAUCAGAAGCAGCUGGAGGAGUUGCACAGGGAGGUGAAGGAGCUACACAGAUCAGAGGCGCAGACGAACGGAGUGGACAAGCACCACGAGGCGGACGCCGAGCAACGGGCGCAUGUUGAACGGCUCGAGCGGAAAGUGAAGGACGUUGAGAAACUGCACAGAGAAGCAGCAGAGCGGGACGCAAUGCGCAUUCGUGCGUUGGAGGAGGAAAACAACCUGCUGAAGAGAGCGACCGCCGCGUCUGCGUCGCAUCCGGGCGGAGGCAGGUCGCCUGUGCUGGACGCACCGUUCCAGCUCCGGUCCCUUCAGCAGCUGCAGGAGAAGCUACAGAGUUUGAAGCAGCGACACCUGCAGGCACUCGAGGCUGCUGGCUCUGCUGCGCGGGAUUCUGAAGACGCAGCAGGAAAGCCGGCAGGUGGAGAGACAGGGGACCAGGAAAACGCGUCAGCGGUGUUUGACGAUUUCGACAUGCUUCUCCAGAAACUUGCGGCUGCACAAGGACCACAAGCAAGUGGUUCGGGUGCCCAUGCCCUAGGGCCCGCGUGGGGCGGCGUGUCGAGACGGCGGAGCCUCAGUCGAUGCAGCAGUGCGAGUCGGCUGGCGGCGCCCCCGCUUCCACCUGGCGCUGGAGAGAAUACGACUAACGCGGGAGUCGCGCUUUCCGGUGUCUCUGGACACGCGACGGGCGGAACCGCCGCACUCUUCAUGUCCGGCGGAAGGCUUCUCCCGCCCACUCCGUCGGCCUGCUCCUCUGUCGUCUCGGACAGCGUCGCUCGCAGCAGCGUGGGCCGCCGCCUGAUGAGUAGUGGCGUCAUUGCUGCGGCGGUCCAACAAGUUCAACAGGCGGUAGCGAAGAGCAUUGAGAGCGAGGCGCUUGCACGCCAGAAGGCGGCGGACCUGCGGAAUUUCCACCGGAAAAGCUUCAGUGAGCUAGCGACGAGGCUCGCAGGAACUGUCGCCGUGGCACAUUCACUCGCCGGCUCCCGCGGCGCGCCACCGGCGACACCCAGUCAUCUAAGCGUCACAUCGAAUGCAUGCGGGGUGCCACAGGCUUCUCCCGAAAUUCCUUCAGGCAGUUCCAUGACGCCGAGUUCGUUUCUCCCUGCUCCCCGCUCAGGGACGGGUCCGUCCGCAGUCCAGGCUUACCCGGCGUCGAUGGCGCCUGCGAACGAGAGUUCAUCGGGAUGCAGCCCCCGGCUCUUAAACGCAGGCAAGGCGGGGACCGUUGAGCAGGUCCCGUGUCCGAGCUUGAUUUCGGUGUCCCCGUUCAUGCAAGCGUGUCCAAGCCAUGUGAGCGGCGGUCCACCGCGACCUAGCGGCAUGUUCGGCCCGACGAAAGGCGCCGAAGAUGUUGCAGAAAACGUUCCUGCGGAGGAAUUUCAGGAGCGCGGCAAAGGCGAGUUCGCGCCGAGGGCUGCAGAUUCCCCCCGUGCGUGUGAAGGCGAGUCAAUGGUACCAAAAAUAGACAGUGACAUGGUGCCUGGGGCCCCUACGGGCGGCGAACGGGUUCCUGCUGAAACAGAGGCGGGAUCAGCGUCGCCCGCGGUCACAUCAGGUGGAGCGGCCACUUCUCUUUCAACUCCAUUUCCGUGCGCCAUGACACCGCCUUCGGGGACGGCUCGACCUGCGCCGGUCAGUGCCGCGUCUCCGGCCUCGGUUCCCGCGCGGCACCCUUUUCAAGCGACGAUGCCGCCUGCGGGGCCGCUCUCACACGUGUCGCCCUUGUCGGGCGUAGACGGGCAACCUCGACAGCCAAGUCGAGACCCGUUUGGUGUUCAACGUGAAGUGUCCGUUCCCGUCGUUUCGGCUCACGCCGUCCGGUCGUUGCAGGCGAUUCCUGCGUUUGCCUCGCCACCUCCGGCGCGGCCUGAACCGCCCGCAGGCGCCCCGGUCUCCGCCGCAAGCGCUAACGGUGAUGGCGCGUCACCGAGCGGCAGCGAACAGGAAGGCCAUCCCACGGCCAGUGGAGUAGCGCCCUCAGCUACCGGGGCCGGUUCGGCACCAGUGGAGGUAGGUGUGCACGCGUGGCAUGCGGUGGACCAAGGACAGGGUUUGAGCGACCUAGGCGGCGAUGUUGGAGACCACGUCCGUGGCAGAGUUUCCCAAGAGGGAUCCAACCCGCUGCCGUCUGUGGCAGACGGGGCCUGUCGAGUGUUGUUGCCGCCUACGUCAGCUCUUGGAAGAAAGUCGAACAGCGUAGACUGCGCUGAGCCUCCCAGCGUACCACGUGCCGGGCACGUGGAGAAUGGUGAGAGUGAGCGCGCACGGUCGAGAAUGGAGGCGCACACGGUGGCAGGCUCCCAGACGGUCUUGCCGGCAUCUGGUCCACCCGCAGUCGGGGCACGUCCUUUGCAUGCUGCUCAAGCGCAGGAGCAGAGCUUUCCGGUUUCGCUUCCGGCCAGUCGGUGUCCGGACGGCUCGGCCUCUUUGGUUCCGAUGCCUGUGGCGUCCCAAUCGAUUCCUCCGCCGCAGUCGAACAGCCCGCCACCAGGCUCCUUUGGGGUAGGCGCAGGUACUUCAGGCGUGGCCAGUCAGCAGCAGAUUGGGGCUGCAGAUGAGGUAGGAACUGAGGGGAAGGGAUUUUGGGAUGAAGAUGACUUGGAUGAGUGGAACAUUGACGAUGUGUCUGUACAGUCACCGCCCGAACACGAGGGGCCCUCACCGGUUCCACGGCAGGCAUCAAGCAAACCUAGUAGUCAGUUGCUCGUCCACCAGCCCUCAGAUAAGUCGCUUGUUAGUCAGCAUCCCCUCGACAGCUUCACUGCCCCGCAGCUGCGUGCGAAGGAGCGUGAUAGCGUGUGUGCUUUAGGAAGUCCGUUGCCGGGACCAAGUCAGGGAUUGCGCACAGGCGUGUGGCAGAGCACGACACACCACCAGCAGCCACUCGAGGGGCCGCAUGGAAGCCGUGUACCGAUGCCGCCGGCGCAGCAACGGCCAACGAGUGCCGGACACCGCCCCAUAGAGGAUCUCUUCAGCUGA